AUGUUCACGUUCAGCCCAUUGCAGGGGGCGCUCUCGGAAUCAGCUGCGUCGCAAUCCAUCUUGGAGCUAGAUGGAGGCAUCAAGGUGCUGGUCGAUGUAGGCUGGGACGAAUCAUUCGACGUCGCCAAACUCAAGGAGCUGGAGAAACAAGUGCCGACCUUGUCCUUGAUCCUCCUCACGCAUGCGACGACGAGCCACAUCGCAGCCUUCGCCCACUGCUGUAAACACUUUCCUCUGUUUACGCGCAUACCAAUUUAUGCAACAACUCCAGUCAUCGCGCUCGGCCGAACCCUCCUCCAAGACCUCUAUGCCUCUACGCCCUGCGCCGCCACCACCAUACCCCCGAGCGCUCUGGACGAAGUCUCGUAUACAACUCACGAGCCCUCCUCCGACAUACUGCUACAAGCUCCGACCUCGGAAGAGAUCGCGACGUACUUCUCCCUCAUUCAUCCUCUGAAGUACUCUCAGCCUUACCAACCCCUCGGCUCCCCAUUUUCACCUCCCCUGAACGGCCUAAGUAUUACCGCAUACAACUCGGGUCACACGUUGGGUGGUACUAUUUGGCAUAUACAACAUGGUCUGGAGUCCAUUGUGUAUGCUGUUGAUUGGAACCAGGCGCGCGAGAAUGUCUAUGCAAGCGCCGCUUGGCUGGGCGGUGGUGCCGGUGGUGGCCGCUCCCAGGUCAUCGAACAAUUACACAAGCCUACUGCCUUGGUCUGCAGCAGCAGAGGAGGUGAAAAACCUGCUCUGCCCGGAGGCCGGAGCAAGCGAGACGAACAGCUCCUCGAGAAAGUGAGAUCGUGUGUUGCGCGGGGAGGUACAGUUCUGAUUCCUAUCGACUCGAGCGCGCGUGUUUUGGAGCUUGCCUAUUUGAUGGAGCAUGCUUGGCGGUCCGAUUCUGCGACGGCUGAUGGUCAACUCAAGUCGGCGAAGCUCUACCUCGCCGGGCGCAACAUCCACAGCACCAUGAAAUAUGCGCGAAGUAUGCUGGAAUGGAUGGACGAGAGUAUCGUACGCGAGUUCGAGGCUGUCGCCGACGGGUUUAAGCGAGGCAACGGAGCGGCAGAUGGAGCUAAACAGGGCAAGGAUGGUGGUCCCUUCGACUUUAGGUUUCUAAGGCUGCUUGACAGGAAUGGUCAAGUUGAUAAGGUCCUCAGCCGGGAUGUUGAAGCCGAUGCCGCAGUGGGAACAGUCAUUCUUGCCAGUGACACGAGUCUUGAGUGGGGUUUCUCAAAGCUCGUGUUGAAGAGGCUUGCCGAAGACGCGAAGAAUAUGGUCAUCUUGACCGAGUAUCCCUCAGUAGCCUCCGACACUCGGCCAUCUUUGGCAAGGACUCUCUGGAAUUGGUGGAAGGAGCGCUCAGAACAGACAAGUGACGGCGCGAACGGCUCAGCCGCGCUUGAAAUCGAACUCACAGACGCACAAAGGCAGGCUCUCGAGGGCAAUGAUUUGGCCAUAUAUCAGCAAUGGCUCGCCCAGCAACGUCAGCUCCAAACGACCCUUCAGAGCGGAGGCGCCACUGCACUCGAGACUUCUGGAGACGUAGCCGACGACGCUUCUGAGUCUUCGUCUGAGUCGGAGGAUUCCGAAGCUGAGCACCAAGGCAGGGCGUUGAAUGCAGCUACCACCAUGGGUCAAGCCAGCAGGAAGAAGGCUGCACUGACAGAUGAAGAUUUGGGCAUCAACGUACUGCUAAAGAAGAAGGGCGUCUAUGAUUUCGACAUUCGGAACAAAAAGGGGCGCGAUCGGAUGUUCCCUCAUCCCGUUCGACGGAAGCGCAAUGAUGACUACGGGGAACUGAUAAGACCAGAAGACUUUUUGAGAGCAGAAGAGCGCGAAGAUGCUGAUGGUGCCGAGAUGGACCAGGCAGGGAAGGGCGACGGUCGUGAUAAUCUCGGAAAGAAACGCAAAUGGGACGACACCGCAGCUUCGGGUAAGAACCGAGGUUCUGGCACCGCAAAACGUCCAAAUCUCACACGCAAUAUUUCUGACGAUGUGGAAAUGGCCGUUUCCGAGGACGUCGUUAUUGACGAGCUCGAUGGGGUGCCCGCCGAUGCAGAUGAAGCCACGAUUGGCCCCUCAAAGUUAGUAACGACGACGGAAAGGAUUCGAGUCAACAUCCAGAUCGAGUUCAUCGACUUCAGCGGCAUUCACGACAAACGAAGUCUACAUAUGCUGAUGCCUUUGAUCGAGCCCCGGAAGCUAAUCCUGGUUGGCGGGACCACUGAUGAGACAAUGGCGUUGGCUUCGGAUUGCAAGAAGCUUUUGACUGAAGGUUCAAUCGAUAUUCACACACCCAGCAUCGGAAUGAUCAUCGACGCGAGCGUGGAUACCAAUGCCUGGGUAGUCAAGCUUGCGCCGACCCUUGUGAAGCAGCUCAAGUGGCAAAGCGUGCGUGGACUCAGUAUUGCCACAGUGACUGGCCGGCUUCUUGCCAUGCAGAAGGACCUUGGUAUGAGCAACGAUGAGGACAUGGCCAAUAAGCGGCUGAAAACGGAGGAGCAGUCGGACACCAUAGCCGAAGUGGAAGCCGAACCGACACUGGAUGUCCUUCCCACGAACAUGGCAUCGGCAACACGAUCGGUAGCUCAACCACUGCAUGUCGGUGACCUUCGACUGGCGGAUCUGAGAAAGGCGAUGCAGCAGUCAGGUCAUACCGCGGAGUUCAGGGGCGAGGGUACAUUGCUGGUCGACGGCUCAGUGGUCGUACGGAAGACUACGACGGGCCGGGUUGAUGUCGAAAGCAUUGGCUUGCCGACGGAUGGAGGACCUGCUACAAUGUUUGGUGGAACGUUUUACGCUGUCAAGCGGACCAUCUAUGAGAAUUUGGCUGUGGUUGCUGGUGCUUGA